CAGGUGCCAGUCACCGUAACCGGGGGAGCGAAUGCGGGGCUGCACGUUCCCGGUCCCUCCCAGCUUGGCUCCAGGUCUCAGGGUGCUGCCUGAAGCCAAGGUCUCCGCCGACUUUUGCAGAUUCUUCAGAGGAGACCCCUUCAGGCGCUCAGAACUUCAUCAUUCCGAAAAAGGAGAUCCACACAGUUCCAGACAUGGGCAAAUGGAAGCGUUCUCAGGCCUACGCUGACUACAUUGGAUUCAUCCUCACCCUCAACGAAGGCGUGAAGGGGAAGAAGCUGACCUUUGAGUACAGAGUCUCUGAGGCCAUUGAGAAGCUGGUGGCCCUUCUCAACACACUCGACAGGUGGAUUGAUGAGACCCCUCCGGUGGACCAGCCCUCUCGAUUUGGGAACAAGGCCUACAGGACCUGGUAUGCCAAGCUCGAUGAGGAAGCAGAAAACUUGGUAUCCACAGUCGUGCCCCCUCAGCUGGCCGCAGCCGUGCCUGAAGUGGCUGUCUACCUGAAGGAGUCUGUGGGGAACUCCACGCGCAUUGACUACGGCACAGGGCACGAGGCGGCCUUUGCUGCCUUCCUCUGCUGUCUCUGCAAGAUCGGGGUGCUCCGGGUGGACGACCAGAUAGCUAUUGUCUUCAAGGUGUUCAAUCGGUACCUGGAGGUUAUGAGGAAGCUCCAGAAAACAUACCGGAUGGAACCGGCUGGCAGCCAGGGUGUGUGGGGCCUGGAUGAUUUCCAGUUUCUGCCCUUCAUCUGGGGCAGUUCACAGCUAAUAGACCACCCGUACCUGGAGCCCAGGCACUUUGUGGACGAGAAGGCUGUGAACGAGAACCACAAGGACUAUAUGUUCCUGGAGUGUAUCCUGUUUAUCACUGAGAUGAAGACCGGCCCGUUUGCAGAGCACUCCAACCAGCUGUGGAACAUCAGCGCCGUCCCUUCCUGGUCCAAGGUGAACCAGGGCCUCAUCCGCAUGUAUAAGGCUGAGUGCCUGGAGAAGUUCCCUGUGAUCCAGCACUUCAAGUUCGGAAGCCUGCUGCCCAUUCAUCCUGUCACAUCUGGCUAGGAGGGGCCAAGCCACCAGCGCCAUCCAGGCCGGGGUUCCUGUGCCCUCCCUGACCCUGGCACGCCUCCUCCUGCCCCUCCCUCUGUUCUUCUGUUUGAUGAGAGGCUGUUGACUGGGUGGGUGGGUAAGUGGGGGCUUGAGGAGGGCUCAGAUCCCAAAGCUGAAGGACCCAAGUUGGGAGAAGUGACCAAAGUGUGGCCAGUUUCCUGACCUCCCCUGUGGUGGAUGGGCAAGAAAAAGGGACAGGAUCUGUUCCCCCACUCCUGCUCCCUGCCCCUCUCCUGCUUUACCUGUCCAGUCCCACUCGGAGGCAGGGGCUGAGGAGGCACUGUUUCCAUUGCUGUCUGGUCCAGCUCUUGGUGAGGCCUUUCUAGGGGUUGGGGUGGCUGCCCCACGCAGGGGUGGGUCACUCCUAAGCCAUGUAGUGAGGGCAUAUGGGUUGGAGGCUGAGGCUGGCAGGCAGCCAUGGGGUGGGCAGGGUGGGUGUUGGAGAGGCCUUGACUGUUCUAGCCAGUGAUCUUCCAGACUCCUCAGGCGGCCCCAGGGCUAGAGUGCACCUUUACCCAGAGCUCCGUCCUGGCUUUCUGUGCUCCGGCCCCUGACUUUGCCAGAUUUACUGUCCAUAGCUGCAUACCUCCACCCCCCACCCCCCACCCCACCCCGGGGCUGGCCCAGCUAUGGAAGCUGCCCUUUGGGUAGGCCCUGGACACCCGGGAGAGCCGUCUCAUUGGGUGGCCUGUCUUCCCAGAACUCUCCCCAGCAAGGAGCCGUGUCGAGAGACUGGUUGGCGGGGCGGGAGGCCUCGCUGUUGGGUCUGUGGAGAACCUGGAUUCAUUCCUCCAGCCUCUAGGGCCCGGCUGCCUCUGCCCCCCUCCUCACUGUACAGCUUCCCCCGAGCCCUGGGCUUCUGCCCUGCUCCUCUAGCAGGUUGAGUGGCCAGUGUGGGAGGCUGGAGAGGCUGCAGCCACACACUCCUCAUCCUCCCACCCCCUCACGGGAUGAGGUAAGCAACGGCCCCCAGGCCCAGGCACUGACUGGAGCAUGGGAAGGGCUGCCUGGCAGGCCCCCAAGGGUGGGGGUGCUGACAGCAGCUGGCCACGUCUCUCCUGGGGCUGUUCCUGGGCUGACUCUUACAGGCUUCCCUGCCCAGCCAGGCCUGCCCUUCUCCACAGCCCCCUCCCUGGUGUAGUCUACAGAACCUUCAGGGAGGGGGCACCGAGAAGCACAACCAAAGGCUUGAACCAGGACCAGCUAAUGGUCUGGGCAGAGGCUGGGACAGAAUUUUGAAGUCACAGAUGAAGUUUCCCAGGAGAGGCCCGGGGCCUGCCUCCCUCCCAGGGUUAGAUCACCACCCUCCUGGUUCCCAUGUGCCCCCCUGGGCCUGUAGCUCCUGCUCUUUUGUUGCUGUUUGGAUUAAAGCCUCUGUUUUGCACCUGU